UAAAUUGUGCGCGCGUUUGAUUUGUGCGUGAAAAUCUCGAGGAACACAAAGAAACGACCGAGUCAUCGCGGCCGCCGUCUUGAGGCUUGAGGCGAAGAUGAAGGGGGGUAAAAAGGAAGCUGCACCGACCACCGGUAUCGGCAUCAAAAUCGGCGACGAGGAUGUUCCAAAGAAAGGAGACUAUCAGCUGGUCCCCCUGAAACCUUCGAGCGAUGAGGAUCGUCAUCCGAAGGCAAACGGGACUGCAGUUCCCGCGAAUGGCAAAGUAAAAUCUGCGCCUGCGGAGGGAGAACUGGUGCCACCGGAUGGAGGAUGGGGAUGGCUGGUGCUUCUUGCUUCCGUCACAGUCAAUGUUUUAAUCCCGGGUACAAUAAAAUCGUUUGGUGUGCUUUUCGUCGAGUUCCUUGAAGUCUUCAAAGACUCUUCACCAGCUGCUGCGGCAUGGAUUCCGGCUCUCUGUUAUUUCCUUUACAGUUCUCUCGGACCCCUAUCCAGUGUCUUGUCUGUGAGAUAUUCGUACAGGACAGUCACACUUAUCGGUGGAACAUUUGCCGCGGCUGGAAUGAUGCUGAGUUACUUUGCGAAUUCCGUCGGAUAUCUUUGCAUGAGCUACGGAGUCCUCGUGGGAAUUGGAGCAGGUUUGGCCUUCCCGCCAACGGUCUACAUAGUCACAUCGUACUUUGUUCGAUUAAGGGGACUUGCUAACGGUCUAUGUAUUUCUGGAAGCGCCCUUGGAUCAAUAUUCUUACCACCAGUGCUCCAAAUACUUUUGGGAGAGUACGGCUACAGAGGAGCCGUGCUGAUAAUGGGUGCUCUGACUUUGAACGUCUGGGCAUGUGCGCUGCUCUAUGACCCGGUUGAGAAGCACUUGAUACCAGCGAAACGUUCAGAGGACACGGAGGAUCCGGAAGAGGCUGACAGAAUAUCGAUAAACGUGACGACGCCGGAGGAGGAGAAGAACCCAACGAGCCUGCUGAUAGUUCCGCAAUCUAACGGGCGGGAUCCGACCGUACCGAAGAGCGCUUCGAGCGUGGCCUUGGAAAACUAUCGGAACACCCCGGUUCAGGGUAGGACACGAAAGGUGAGCAUGCCGGCCGGCAAGGACGUUGGUGCCGGACAAAUGCACAGCACCCCGGCACUUCACGUCGUUCCUGAGCGAGGUGACUUCGAGAGCUCUAAAUUGAGGAGUAGACGAGCACCCCCGAGGUCACCGAGCGCCUCGUCCUUCAACUACAUCAGCACGCCUUACCACGGCAGCACGCUGUCGGCCCUCCACCCUGAGCACGCCUCGACCUUGACGCUGAACGCGAUAUCGAGUACAUUCAGAAAGUCGCCGGAAAAGAAAGCGGGGAAAUUGGAUGAUAAAGAGAAGUCGAAGAACAAGUUCUUCGACGUCAGUCUGUUGAAGGACCCCAUUUAUCUGGUCAUUCUCAUAUCGAACUCUACUAACGCCGUCAGCUACACCAACUUUGUUAUACUUCUUCCCGCCUACGCGAUAUCGCUAGGUUUUGAGAAGAACAUGUCGUCUCUGCUUCUAUCCAUCGUAUCGAUCCUCGAUCUAACGGGGCGCAUCGGCGGAUCCGCCAUGUCCGACAUCAAGAUAAUGCCGAAGCAUUGGUACUUCGUUGGCGGUCUUCUCGUUUCCGGUAUAUCACUCGCUCUGCUACCCUUCGCCACCACCUACACUAUGCUGGCUGUUUACUGCGCGGUUUUCGGCCUCUCAUCGGGAAUUUACGUCGGUAUUACAGCCGUCAUAAUGGCCGACAUGUUGGGGCUGGAAAAGCUCACAUCCUCUUACGGGAUAUCACUUUUUGUUAACGGUAUCAUACAGCUGGUUGGACCUCCGAUAUGUGGAUUGGUGUUCCAAGAGAUCGGGAGCUAUGGUCCGAUUUUUUCCAUCCUGGGCCUCGUACUCGUUGCCGGAUCCUCACUUUGGGGAUUCGUACCCUUCAUUUACAGAAGGCAAGCGAGAAAUCUAGCUAACGGUCAAGCUGCCGCACAAAAAUUAUAGCACCAAUACCCUAAAUCGCGCACAUCCUUGAUCCUAGGUCCUAUUCUCAAGGCGUUACGGUUCAGGGAAAAACAUAUAAUCUUCAGUUUCACAUGAUACAUUAUAUUACCGUAUAUUAUAUAUAAACAUUCUUUCUCAAUUAUACCAUAUAUAUUGUAAUGGUGGUACGAAAGUUACGCAAGUGAUAUGAUAAGUGUGAGUUUGCAACUCUGUGAUUUAGUGCGACCUAUUAUAUGUAUACCAUCUAUUACGUCUAUAACAAUUAUCGUUAUUAUCGUGUGAUUACAAUCGCAUUGUCGUUAGUUGACUAAAAUUAUAUUUUAUACAUGAAUUUCUAAGAUAAUUUCAGCACGCAUUAAAAGCGGUGGUCAUCCGAUCAUUUUGUAGAUUAAUUAUUGCCACAAUAUACAUAUACAUUAUAUAUCUACACAUAUAUAUAUAUAUAUAUCACGUAUAAAAUGUCUGAUACUUAUAUCGCCAAAACAUAAUUGCCUCUAUAAUAUAAUAUCAUAUGGACGCCAAAUCAUUAAACAAAUUAUAUUAUAAUAGGUAUAUUAGUGGUAAAAAUCAGUGUUCAUUUUGGAUAUAGUAUACACAUGUUUAAUCUCAAUUGCACCAAGUUUAGACAUGCUUAAACUUAUGCGAUCCUGAUUUUAUUAUAAUAGUUUCUUUUACCUGCUAUAUUCACUCUAAGUAAUCACAUCUCAUAAUUAAUCAAACUUCUAUUUAUACAGCACAAUACGAAAGUAUAAUGGCGCGAGAAAAUAGAGAAAAUUUUAAUAACUACAUUGCCGCGAACUAUAUAAUUUAUGUACAUAUUUAUAAAUUCAGUAUAGCUAUUCUAACUUACAUAUACAUGUACGGUGCCUGUAAAUUACUUAUAAUAAUGAUAAACUCCACUGAAGUUUUUAUAUAGAAAGUAUUAUAUACAUUUAAGAAACGUAUUUAGAAUACGUUGAAUAGGUGUCAGUAUAUACAUAUGUCGUGUAGGUAUAAGGGUAUAAUGAUGAUGUAUAUGUAUCAUGUAUAUACAUACGAGAGAUGUAUUCUCUAUAUUUCGAUCUCUGC